AGAGAUUCAUGCCGCUUUAAGAAAGAAUACGCGACCACUUAAACAUCGAAUCACCUCAUGUAUCAAAUUUCUUGAACACGGCUUGCAAAGCACUUUACUUCUACAAGAUAUACGAAACUCAACGGUGGCUAAGAAUCAUGCGUUCCUCAGCUUCAUAUACCUGUCAGAAGUGCUUACAUGCGCUAAGAAAAACGCCUAGGUCGAUCGGCUUGGGAAGAAGAAACAUCACUUCUGGCAGUAGCAGUAGGAAACCCCAGUUCUCCUCGAAUGCGCUAGCGGGAAAUCAAUUGGCGCAAAAAGAUCUAGGUCGUCGAGCAAUAUCUUUUGCACAAGGUCAGGUAGCGAGAAAUGAGCCUCCGCAGUAUAGAGGUCCAGGUGGCUUGGAAUCGACCCCGCCUUCAGAGGUUGAGGAGCGAGCUCUCUUGAAGCCGAACAACCUCUUCCACUCUUUCUCGAAUUCGCCAUCCCCCGAAAUCAGGAGACGGGCAGCUUUCAUGAAACAAAAUGCCUACUGCCCACACCCAGAUCAUCACCAGACUCGAUUGCCCACAAACCCAGACGACCCCGAAGCACGGAAACCUGCUACAGGCGCAUUAUCACCUGCCCACGUCAGUUUCGAAUGUCCAGAUUGCGGAAUACCUGUGUCAUGCUCAGAAGAGCACUGGGCGGACGAUUAUGAGGCACAUUUAGAGAUAUGUGAUACCCUACGAGAGAUAAAUGAGGAUGACCACGAUCUACGCUCCGGCCGGUUCUUUCCCGAGUUCGAAUACCCUUCAGACCAGAUUGAGGAAGCAAUGGUUAAUAUGACGAAUUGGGAUACUCUACUCUUUUCAAGAGAGUUCAAGGCUAUCAAUGAUGAAAGGAGUUUAAGGCAAGCGACUAGGUUAUUGACAUACCCUCUUACUAUUGGAAGUGUGCUACACGAAUUGAGUCCCUACAACAUUAAGAAAGGUGGAAGAUUGACGGUCGAAGGUCUUAAGAGUUUGAGUGGUAUGUCAGAACUUCAAAUCUCUCGGAAUACUUAUGACUAAUAGAUCCAGCUCUUCGUUACAAUCUACAUCCUGCACGAACUGGUGGUGGAUCUGAGAUCAAGAAUCUUAGACCAACACCCCCACCAGUGAGAAUCUUUAUUCUAGGUGCUCGCGCAGAAUCUUCAUUGCCAAGAGAAGUGUGGGUGCAGCUAGCACAUCUAUUUCCUCGGGUCACAUUCCAUCUGAUCUUCAUCGGGCCAGAAAGUAUGGCGAACAGAGAUGCCGAAUUUCCUUUACCUGAACGAACUCCGGGGAAUCCUUUUGGCGCAAUUGUUGAGGAUCGUAUAACCAACUCCUUGAAGAUUAGUACCUUUGUGGAGUAUUAUCACACCCUUCACAAAGCUGGUCACUUUUAUCCUUAUGAUCCUUACUUCGACUGCUUCAUGCUUUUCCAUCCUGGUUUAGGACACCCAGCCAGCUCACAUGAGUGGGCGGAAACUAUACCACAACUGCUAGAGACCAAAGUACCAAUUCUGGUAACUGGAUACACACAAUAUGAUAUGGAUCGCGAUAUUGAUUGGGUCAAGAAGACUGUAGGAGGAGAAAUGGACAUGCUCAUGGAACCAGGAGAGAAUCGCUUCCGAAGUUUGAGAUGGGAUCUGAACGAUAUGGACCCUCAAGACAUUAGCUGUGGUAACUGGGGUAUUUGGGCAUUCAGAGGAAAGAGGUAUGUUGUCACCUGAACGUAUAACGAUGACACGAAUGCUGACCUGCCAUAGAUAUGAGACUACGAGGGGCAAAGAAUAGUAAAUCACUAUGAAAUAAAUCGUAGCUAUCAAAAAGGAUAUUAUAUGCGUCAGAUGGGCCCUUCGCGGUAGGGACUCACAUCAGACCAGUGUAUUAAUUCCUUUUGAUGUAUAAAUACAACCCUGUUAUAUCCAUUCCAAUGUUGAUUACCAUGUAGAAGAACUAUUAAAUAGAUUAAAUGACAAAGAAAUCAACUCCCGCCUU